UCCAAGCCGUAAAAAGGAAUAUGACAAGUACUUUGAGAAUGCGACCGGUUCCACAUGUCUGUUUUUCAUAUACGUGUGUCAAAUUUAAGGGCUGAAAGAUUAAGUUAAAAUCGUAGCUUUGACUGAGUGUGUGGGUUGCGACUCUUCUCGUAAGAUAUUUUAUUAUUUUAUUUUAUUUUUGCUGAGAGUUCCUAAAUGGUAGUCCUGAAGCUAUUUUUGUGGUCAUGGAUUAGGAUUUUCACCUGGCCUGAGCUCUGCCACGUCCAAAACGGCAAAAAAGACCACUUCUAUUUGCCUUUGGCGUAGGCCCCCGCCUAAUAUAGCUCAUAUGAUUUGUGGGUCUUUAAUGUUCUUUUUAUUUAUUUAUUUUUGCUACAACCUUAAUGGUUUGUUAUAAUAGUUGUCGUAGGACUAGUGCACGGCUUUCGGGAGUUCAUGCUCUCUUUUUAAUAUUGAUUUACCACAAAAAGGGAGUCUGAAGGGUAAUAUUAUUUUUAUUAUUUUUUGGGGUAAAUUGGAUAUAUUAUAUUUUGUGCUUUAAUAAUUAAAUUUUCUUACAUAAUAUAUGACUACCCAACCAAAAAAAAAAAAAGAAAAACUAACAAUAUAGAGUCAUAUACACGAUUUGAUUCCUCUUUUUUUUUUGGUGAUAAUAACCAUUUUACAUUUUAAAAUUAAAAGAAUUGAGUUGGAUGAUGCAUGUGCAUUAUAUUUAUAUACCCAAUUUUCUAAUUUAAUAUUUAACCCAAAAAAGACGCUAGUUAUUCAUUUAUAAGAGAAGCUAACCAUUUAAUGAGGAUGUAAUGCUGUUAUAAUUAGUUAAUUCCUUCACGAGAUUUGAAUUUUAAUCUGAUACGUAGAAGACUACAUUGCAAUUCUAGCAUUUUGAAUUCAAAUUUUUAAAGCUUGAUAAUUAAGGCUUUACCGUCAAUGUCAUUAAUCACUUUUUUGUUUUUAAAAAAAAAGAAAUUGCCAACCAUCAAAUGUACGUAAAGCUUUAUUUCCAUUAUUUCUUCUGAGAAAUAAUUCUUCAUCAUUUAUGAGCAUGUAUAUAUAUGGUAAAAGACAACAAAAUCGAGAAGAUAUAGUGGUUACCAUUUGAAGUAGUUUUAUAUACGUUUACCAAGGAAUUUUGGCAUAUUUUUCACCCAAAAAAAAGGAUUUUUGGCAUAUGAAGAAGAGUGAAUAAAUCAUGGUAAUUUUAGAGAAAUCUACGAUGGUUUACCAUUUUGAAAAUCCUCAAAAUCAGGGAGCUGGUGAUGGAUAAAUGUUGGUAUUUAGGACUCUUAGUAAUAGUCCAUCGAAAUUCAAGUUUUGAAAGUAGAUACUGAAAGAUUUUGGUUAUGGAGAAGAUGGUUUCGAACGAAAAGAAGAAAGAAGGCCAGACUGCAGCUCUUUCAUGGUGCUGGAAUAGCCACAACAAUGAUCUCCAUAAAUCUCAAUGGCUUGAAACUACUCUUUCAGAGUUGGAUGAUAAGAUUAAGCUGAUAUUAAGCAUGAUAGAAGAAGAUGGAGAUUCAUUUGCGAAAAGAGCAAAGAUGUUCUACGAGAGACGACCAGAGCUCAUAAAAGUAUUGGAGGACUUGCACAAGUCCUACCGUUCGCUUGCUGAGAAAUACGAUCACCUUAACUCUGGACUCUCUCAUGCCCUUCAUUCUGCCUCAUUUUCUUCCUUAAAAGCUUUAAGACAUGUCCAUAGUAGUACCCAUCAUCAGAUGAAUGUGAUGAUGAUCAACCCUGAUGCCGAUGAUGAUCAAAAUUCCUUGAAACUCAAGGCACCUGCCGCCGAUCAACAUCAUCAUCAUCAUCAUCUUGAUGAUACCGAAAUCGAUUACGAAUGCCUGCUGGAGAAGAAGAAGAAGAAGAAGAAGUUUGAUUAUGAUGAUGAUGAUUAUGAUGGCACUACGAGUAAUAGAGGAUCGUCAGAUGGAGAAGAGGAAUAUCAAAAAAACAAGAAGACAUGGAGUAUUAGUGGGAAAGAGGUGAUGGAAUUGAUAGAAGACCAUGUGAGGCAGCGGGGUGAACUUAUAAGGAGAAACAAGGAGAAAAGAGAAACCAUUAAAGAUCUGCGUAAUCAGGUUAAUAGACUAAUAGGUGAGAAUCAGGCUUUGAAGGACUGUCUGCACUCUCUCCAGCCUUCAACCAGGUUGAAAUCCCCUUCUUUCUUUGGAAAGCUCACUGGUUGCACUGGUUCUACACUAUAAUAUUUCCAUCCCCCUCUACUUCUCAGUUAUGGUUCUCUACCAGUACCACUUGAUAUUUAUUAUUAUUAUUUUUUUGCUGAAAUACUAGUACUACUUGAUAAUACUAUAUAAUAUUCUGUUUUUUCAUUUAUUCCGAUGGAUUUGUCUUCCAUAGUUCAUAUUAUAUGGAAAAGCUAAGGUUCAUUUUAUUAUAAUUAUAAAUGUGCAC